AUGAGGGAGCUGGAUCCCCUCGUGUCAGAAUAUCAGCAUGAAAAGCAUCGGCCCCGUGAGGCAGAAGCCCUGAUGACGCUGCGGAAGAUUGCUUCUAUGGUUAAGCCUAUUAUGCGCCAGCGGAUGUGGAGAGUUGGAACGCUGUGCGAAUUCUAUCCUUCAACCCCGAAUUUACUAGGCUUGAAUGUGAACUACGGGGAGAAGAUAUUUCAUGGCCCGCAUGACCAAAAAUUCCAUGCGUUAUGGAACCAACUACGCGAUGAACACGAGCAGCUACUUAGCAGGGGCUAUACCGGAGAAGGUUUCCUUUCAGAUGGCAAGCGGCUAGGUGGUUCACGGAUACCGAUGGACGAAGCCCGUAGGGUUGCACGAGCAGCUGCGGAAAAACGUCGCGUAUUGACUGUUGGCUCUGGCAAGAAACUAGGAGGCGCGCCGGUUCUACCAGGGACGGAUAUGCGGAGAGUCCUUGCCGAUGCAGCUGAGAGACGAACAGUAGUCACCAAGGGGUGUGCCAGUGGAACUACUGAAGGUGACAGGCUUGCAGACGAAGCUACUCGCAAUGGUUUCCGAACAAAGGCCGAAAUGGAUGAUGCAAACGAGAGAGCAAUUAUGGAGGCGUACAUUGAUCUCAUUCAACAGGAGGAGAAGGAGCAGUAUGGGAAUUCUUAUACGCCUCCUAGUUCAUCGAACCCUGCCGGCCCUCGGUCUCAACCACAAUACCCCACAAGUUCAUCCUCAACGGCCCUACCACAAAUAUUCUCCUCCGGACCUCCGCCGUCAGAUCUUACUUUUGGUUCAUCGACCUUGGAUAAAAACGAUCAAGAGCCGUGGACAUGUUCCAUGUGUACCUUCGUUAACCGACCUCUCUUCCUUUCUUGUGAGGUGUGCUCGACCGAACGUGGCCAGCGAACUAAUGCACCGCCUCCUCCCUCCAAGUCGAACCCCAAGCCAACCCCCGCCAAUGGGUUCACUAGGCCAGUAGCGGCCUCCUCCUCUGCAAGGGAUAGCAGGAUGAAGCCGCGAAAGUCCGCUAUUAAAGCUAUAAUUGACCUAGAGAAGAACGAACGACCGCCGUCAAAGCGGUCUCUUGGAUGGGUGUGUCAUUGUUGCGGCGCCUUUAUGGAAUCGCAAUGGUGGACAUGUUCUGCUUGCGGAACCAUGAAGCUAUCGGACUGA